CCCAGCCACAAUGUUCUUGGGCUCUCUCUCUCUCUCUCAGAAUUUUUUAACGUCAUUUCUCUUCCAAGCUGCUGCUUGUGAAGCAAAAGGGCUUCUGUAUAAUGAGGAAGCCUUGCUGUGAUAAGCAAGACACAAAUAAAGGAGCCUGGUCCAAGCAAGAAGACCAGAAGCUCAUAGAUUACAUUCGAAAACAUGGUGAAGGAUGCUGGCGUACCCUCCCUCAGGCUGCAGGCCUCCUUCGCUGCGGUAAAAGUUGCAGGCUGAGAUGGAUAAACUACUUACGGCCAGACCUUAAAAGAGGUAACUUUGCUGAAGAUGAAGAAGAUCUUAUCAUCAAGCUUCAUGCACUCCUAGGCAACCGGUGGUCGCUUAUAGCUGGAAGAUUGCCGGGACGUACAGACAAUGAAGUAAAGAACUACUGGAACUCUCACAUAAGAAGAAAGCUGAUAAACAUGGGAAUUGAUCCAAACAAUCAUCGCUUGAGCCAAAAUCUGCCUCGCCCUCAAAACCUGAUCAGUACAUCUUCUGAUGCAAAAUUAUCUGGUUUGAAAUCAUGUGUUGCUGAGCCACCUGUCACGAAAUCCCGAGGCUUCGACAUCAAUGAUAAUAUUUUUGAUCAAGUAUCCGACGCUGGAAGUUGCUUGUUGGAGGAUGAUAAUUCGUGUAGCUUGCCGGAUUUAAACCUUGAUCUGACAACCAGCAUUCCUUUUACUCCAGUACUUAUUGAUCAUGAUGUCGAAGAGAGACAAAAACAUAAUCAUGAGUCUAACGCAUCAGAGCCAGAUCAAGAAGAUCUUCACUUCAGUCCCUCUCCUACGCUUCUUCUAUUUCAAUAAUCCAUCCCAUUCUUUUCUGUCAAAGCUUUCAAGUACUUGGGAUUUCAAAUACGAUUUAUGGUUUCACUUCGAAACCAAUUCUUUAGAAAGAGGCGCCAUGCAUAUAUAACGCGAAGCAUUUGGCUGGAAAGGCCAGCAAACAAAGAUACAUGGCAGCUGCGAAUUAAGCACCUGAAAUGAUCAGAGACAGCCCCAUUAAGAAUGAUCGACGAAGCGCAGCGAGCUAGCUGCAGGCAUAUAAUUCAUGAUCUCUUCCAAUACUCUUAACAAAUCCGUCCCAUAAUUUUCAGCCUGCAGCGCAAAUGAUUGUCGUGCACAUAGGUCGACACGGGGUAAUUAAUAAUAAAUAAUAUUUUUGUAUGUGUUCGUCGGUGUAAUAAUUAUAUGUACAUGAGCCAUUUAACUUAUGUAUUAUAUCUCAUGUAUCUGCAUUAAUUUUAUGACUUUGAUUA